AUGAAUGUAUACAUGCCUUCCUCUCAUUUACUUGUCUUGUUCUUUCUUUACGCUUUGCAAGGUGUGCCCUACGGCCUCCAGUCUCGUUUCCUUCCUCUCGUACUCCGAUCUCAUGGUGUCUCACUGACCUCUCUUGGAUUUUAUAAACUCCUUUACAUUCCCUGGGUUUUAAAAAGCGUCUAUGCUCCAUUUGUUGACAGCCACUUCACGAAACGAAGUUGGUUGCAAUGCAGUAUUAUUGGUCUUUUUCUCUGCACCGCAUUCCUUUCAUCUUUUCCUGAGAUUCAGCUAGUCAAUUCCACUCGUCUUCUUCCGGCUACGCUAUUUAUUUUCAAUUUCUGCGCCGCUACACUUGACAUAGCUGUGGAUUCUCUUGCCAUAGGGAUCCUUUCCCACUCUGAACUGCCUCAAGGAAAUACAGCCCAAGUGGUGGGUUAUAAGUUUGGAGCAGUGGUAGGCGGAGGACUCUUCUCCUGUUUAUCCUCUCUCUUUUCGCUGUCAGCUUUAUUUUCUUCACUCUGUGCGUUUUAUCUGACCGGCUUUUGGAUUGCUACUACUUAUAAAGGCUUCUCUGAAAAAAAUCGGAGUAAAGCAGUAAAAGUUGAGAACGUUAAAAAAGAUAAUCAGGGUUAUGGAAACGUUCUCCGAGCUGCCAUUUUCGAUUCACCUUCUACACCACCGUUCGUGGUUCUACUUCUCGUUUACAAACUUGGUGAGAUGGGCGCAAUGAAUAUGCUGCCAUUAAUGCUGCUAGAUCAUGGGAUGCCGAUGACGACUGUCGGAUUUUGGACUGGCGUCGUGGGACAAGUUUUCUCAAUUUCUGGCUCCUCUUUAGCUGCCACAUUGGUGAACUUCUUUGGGUAA